AUGUUCAGAACGUUACUUUUAAUCAAUUUGCUAGGCGCGCUCUGUGACGCUGGCCGCCAACGAAGAUAUCUGAUUUACCCCGACGGAGGCCCCGCCAGAGCACAGUUUAUUAUAGGUCUCGGUGUGCCAGUCGACCUGAAAGAAGCCUCAGUGACCGUUGGUACAGUAAUAAAAUUCCAAUAUGAUUUACCUACAAACAGUACAGAAUAUACAAGCAGAAUUUAUGGAUUCGCUGACACAAUAUCAAGAGAUAUGGAUGGAGAAGCGAAAGACGGUGAACAAGAAGCCAGUAAUGAAUUCAAUGACGCCAGAGUAAUCGGUGUAGAUGAUAAUGGUUUGGACGAUGACAGUGAAAAUGAAACCCUCGUUGAUAUUACGUUUAAUGAUAGAAGGAGACGCGCAUUAUUGUACACUGAAGGAAAUAUUAUAAAUGAUAAUCAGAUAAACACAGAGUUACCUUUAGAUGAAGCGAUUCGGCGACAAGAGCUGAUUGAUCAGAAGAAUUUGGAAGAGCAAGAGCCACAAAGGAUGAACCGAUGGGAUUUCUAUAAAGUCCUUGAGCAUAUGAUUGAAAGGUACGGCUAUUCAGGUAGGCCAUGCCUGCUCCGAACCAUAUGCGAGGCAGCUGAAGUUCCCUUUACCUAUGAAAACGGUUUGCUUGGCGAAAUUGGUCAUAUUUUAUUCACGCCCUCGACGACGAAAGAUGUGCUGUCUCAUCACACUGACAACGAAUACCAUGCAGCAGAAAGACUGGGGCGGUCCACGAAUGGAGGCUGUGAGGUUCUGUUCCCGGAGUGCGAGUCGUCAGUAUUGGAUACAUUCACGGAAAUCGGGAUGGACACGUUGCAUAAAUUUGGACUGUUUUAA